CAAACCUCUGCCUCUAUAAGAGAAUGUUGUGGCAGUAAGGUAAAGCAUACGCAAACAGAACAGUGAGUGAAGCUUCAAUUCCAGAACUUCUCAAGACACGCUAAGGAGUCAAGCAUGCCUGAAAUCAUGUUCCCUCAGACACCAUCAAUCGGACUGAAAGAGGGUAACAGCAACAGUGCAAUUAAUGGAGAUAAUGCGGCAGAGAAAAAGAAACCAAAGAACAUAGCCAAGGACCUGAAGACUCGACUCUUUUCUAUGUUGGUGAAUUCUGGCUCUCAGCAAGAGUCAGUGGCACAUCAACCCAGCAUGUCAAAUAAAGUGGACUUUUCCAUCGGCCUUACUCAUGACGAAGCAAUACAAUGGUCAAAGUCCUUGGAAAUGUUACUAACUGAUCCACGUGGUCUUGCUGCCUUCAGGGGUUUCCUCAAGUCUGAGUUCAGUGAGGAAAACAUUGACUUUUGGCUAGUUUGUGAGGACUACAGAAAAACCAAGACUCCUGAGAAACUCGCUUCCAAGGCAAAACACAUUUACACCGAAUUCAUCAAGAGUGAAGCGCCAAAACAGGUCAACAUCGACUUUCAAACAAGAGAGUUGGUUGGCAGAAGUAUUUUACAGCCAUCCAACACCUGUUUUGAUGGGUCCCAAAAAAUUAUCUUCAAUCUGAUGGAGAAAGACUCUUAUCCCAGAUUCCUGAAAUCAGACGUUUACUUGAACCUGAUAAACGGCCGCAAGCCAAAAAACCCAACAGCUAAAAGACCAGUGUUUUAAGAAAAACAGGAAUUGGAGUUCUCCAAUCAAAGCAUGGAUCCAUUCCAUGUUGUCCAUUCCCGAGUACUGCACAGUGCUGGAUAUAGCUAACGAUCUGGAUCUUCCAGCAAUAAAAACUGAAUCAAGAACAACAGUUGAGCAAUGGCACAGUCCAAUGAUGUAUACAAGGCAUCUAAGAGGAAGUCAAAGGAGGACUGUCCAGUUUACUGAGAUAAAGUUCACCACAACUACAUUUGAUGAUGCUAUAUGUACAUUUAUAAAUUUUCCUUUAUCAAGAUACCAAUUUUGCAUCAUAUGAAGAAUUGCAUAGAUACGUUGGGACUGAUUUUAUCUGGUGCAAGGCUGAACGUUUUUCUGUAUAUUGGAGUCUGUGUGAAAUGGUGUUUCUUAGUUAUUCUUAUCAAAGCUGAUUGUAACUUAGAGAUAAACUAAAAAAAACAUUUCCCUUAACUGUUAGAGCAUGGGCUAUGCAGAACAGUCUUAGCAAAUGUUUGUGUAGAUUUCCGAGCACAGAAUCUCCUAUAGCGCUUUGAAGAAUCCAACUGAGUUUGUCACCUCUUUACACAUUUUAUGCAAUAAUCUAAAUAUUAGGCUAAAGAAGGGAAUGUGGUGAACAAGUUAAAUCAUUUAUUUAUUACAUUUUUUUCUAAUUUAUAGGGGGACAUCUGAUCUUCGAUUUUAAUUAAUAAUAUGACAAACUGCCAAUCCAAGUACCAAGUUACUAUAUGUUGCUUACCAUGGAUAAUGGAAAUAUUACGUUCUGAGUGCAUUUUUAAGCACUUUGGUAAUUUCAGAAUUUGCUAGUCUUUUAUUUGUAAGGCAGGAGAUUCAGACAAUAAAAUGCUGGUGACAGAAGAGAAUGUCUGAACAGUUAGUGUACUAAAGAUGUUCUCAACAGAGCCAAAGGCAUCCUUGCAGUGAUAUCAAAUGCCAUGUUACGAUCUUUAAAAUAAACCUGGAUUUUGACCGUU